AUGCUGGUUUGGGCGUCUUUUUUGUUACCCGAGUCUCUGCCGAGUUCCAUCUUUACUACAAUAAGACUUGAGAACAGUAUUCGUCGGCUGCGUACUGAUGUUCAAUCAAUGCGUGCAGUCGAAGCGCAGCUGCGUGGUCAGCUGACUCAGCUCGAACGCGAUGAUCGAUUAAAUCGGUUAAGUUUGUCGAAUCGGCGCCAAGAAAAUGAAUCUCUUGCCUCCAGUAUAGCCAAGUUGACCAGCCAAACGCGAACGGAGCGUGCAAAUCUAGCCAAUUUGGAACAGACUUUGAAUGAAGAGCGGCGUGCGCGGCAACAGUUAGAAGAACAACUGGUUGAGAUUGUAUCUCACAAAGAAGCCGAAUCUGAUCCCAGUGAUGAACCGCCAAGUUCCACUGGACACGGAAAAGCAGUUCAGGUCUCGUCUGACCUUCUGGGCUUACCGGAUUCCGAACCUGAACGUGUGAUCGAAGCGCCCUGUUGUCAACGGCGACAUCGACUCGAAUCGGAGGUUUAUACACUUCGAGUGGCAUCUAGACGGCAAGAUGAACAGCUGCGUACUUUGUCGGGGGCUCGUGCUCGUCAGGCGAAUCACAAUCACCAACAGCAGCAACAACAACACCAACAACAACUGAACCGCUCGUCCGACACUGUCGUUCAUCACGGCAAACAUUCUGGAAGUCAUGGAGAUAAAAUGCGAUCGCAGCUAUCAUUCCCAUCUCGUGAUGUUCAUGUGUCUGAUUCGGAAUCCGCGUCGGGAAUUGGUGACGACGGAAUGAUGCAUUCACAUCGGGACCAGUUGAUGCUUGAGACGUAUUUGCAACUGGCAAGUGAAGAACGAGAACGAUUGGCUAACACACUGCGUGAAGAGAAUUGGAUGAAACAAGAACUGCUUACCGCCUAUCACACCUCUGUUAGGGAAAUCACCGAGUUGAACAGUGAGUGCUAUCCCCCAUUGGCCUCAGAUACCGAUCACUAA